GAGCUCACGCUGGUGGCGGGAGCCGGGAGCUUUCUCGCGUAGCUGGCAGCGGCUUUUUCACGUGGUGUUCUGCCUGAGACCGAGGCAGGUGCGCCACGGGCUCCCCAACCGAGGCCUGGCUGUGGCUGGGGAGACAGUGAAAGACCCGGCUGGACAGGCCGGACCGGGCUCAGCACCGCAGGCUCAGACCCGGCCUUUAAGGGGACAGGCCUGAGAGAAGAGCCCAGAGCGGGGCUGGCGCUCAGAAAACUGCUGGGAGGCGGUGGCGCGAGGUGGGACCCAAAUGCUGGAGGAAGGAGAGCCAGCUUCUCCAGAUCCUGCCCUUCCCCAAGAGGAAGGCACAGAAGAGGAAGGAAUGGCAGGUGAUCUCCUCACAGCUGGGCCCCAAGGAUCCACACCUUUCAACAGUGUGACUGUAGCUUUUACCCAGAAGGGAUGGAGGCAGUUGGCCCCUACUCCGAGGGACAGGUUCAAGAAAGGGAUGCCAGAAAAGUCCAGAAACCUGGUCCUACUGGGACUUCCAGUCUCCCAGCCUGGUAUGAACUCCCAGUUGGAACAAAGGGAAGGUUCAUGGAUGCUAGAGAGAGAAGGCCUAAGGAGUACCUGUCCAGAUUGGAAGAUGGUAUCUGAAUCACCACCUGAACAAGACAUUUCUGAAGAAUCAUUCCAAGACCCAAGUGUAGAGAUGCCCUCUGGGGAGUCAGAUCAUAGGAACAGUGAACUGGGGAAGAGCUUCAAUCUGAGACCAGUUCUUUCUCCACAGCAGAGAGUUCCUACAGAAGUGAGACCCCAUAAAUGUGAAACACACACAGAGAGCUUCAGGAAGAAUUCAGAUAUAAUUAAACCUCACAGAGCAAAGCCGUACAUAUGUAAUGAAUGUGGCAAAGCCUUCAGUUACUGUUCUUCCCUUUCUCAGCACCAGAAGAGCCACACUGGGGAGAAGCCAUAUGAGUGCAAUGAAUGCAGGAAGGCCUUCAGCCAGAGCUCAUCUCUUACUCAGCACCAGAGGAUUCACACCGGAGAGAAACCUUAUAAAUGCAGUGAAUGUGGAAGAGCCUUCAGCCAGAAUGCAAACCUUACAAAACACCAGCGAACUCAUACCGGAGAAAAGCCUUACAAAUGUAGUGAGUGUGAGAAAGCCUUCAGUGACUGUUCAGCCCUUGUUCAGCAUCAGAGAAUUCACACUGGAGAGAAGCCUUAUGAAUGCAGUGACUGUGGGAAGGCCUUCCGCCACAGUGCAAAUCUUACAAACCACCAGCGGACUCAUACAGGGGAGAAGCCCUACAAGUGCAGCGAAUGUGGGAAAGCCUUCAGCUACUGUGCGGCAUUUAUUCAGCACCAGAGAAUCCAUACAGGGGAGAAACCCUACAAAUGUAAUGCAUGUGGGAAGGCCUUCAGCCAGAGUGCAAACCUCACAAACCACCAGAGGACUCACACUGGAGAGAAACCCUACAAGUGCAGUGAGUGCGGGAAGGCCUUCAGCCAAAGCACAAACCUUAUAAUCCACCAAAAGACCCACACUGGGGAGAAGCCUUAUAAAUGUAAUGAAUGUGGGAAAUUCUUCAGUGAGAGCUCAGCCCUUAUACGACAUCAUAUAAUUCACACAGGAGAAAAACCCUAUGAGUGCAAUGAGUGUGGAAAGGCAUUUAACCAGAGCUCAUCCCUUAGUCAGCAUCAGAAAAUUCACACUGGUGUGAAACCUUAUGAAUGUAGUGAGUGUGGGAAGGCCUUCAGGUGUAGUUCAGCUUUCAUUAGACAUCAGAGACUCCAUGCUGGAGAGUAACUGGGAGCAUAACCAAAGUGGAUGGGGACCCGACAGGUAAUUUGAAAGCAUCUGGGGACAUCUGACUUUAAGUCUAGCUCAGAGCCACAUGCAAAAGCACCUUUAAUAAAUAGUCACUAUUUUACAUGUUGCUUCUG